AUGUCAGAUAAUAACAAUAUCUUAAUUAGUGAAUGUAUUAAAGAAUCAUUAAUUGAAUUUAAAGAAGUUUUAGAAGAUGAAUCAACAAUUGUUUAUCUUGGUGGCUUAAUAUCAGAAAGUGAAUCAUUUGAAGAGAUUAAAGACCAAUUCAAUUUAUUUUGUAAAGAUUUCGAUAUGCCAUUCAAAGAUGAGGAUAAUGAAAUUGAUAGGGUAUUUAAUCAAUUAAUUAAUUUAUUGAAGCGUAAAGGCUGCAUUUCCUUCUCCGUUGAAAGUAAGCCAAAAUCUCAUUUAGUCUGCACCAAUGGUGAUAAGAAAUCCGUUAAUUUGGAAGACCCAAAUCUAACAAUGGAGCAGUAUUUAUCAUUGACUUAUUCUGAAGACAGUCGUACCAGACUCGCAACUUUACGUACCAUGUGUCCAUGCAAGGUCAAAGCAGACAUUGACCAGUUCUAUGACAGAAUCAUCGAAAUGUCCAAAGACAGUGAUAGAAACAUUCGUUAUCAAGCAAUGCAUAACCUCUGCGAUGGUUCUCCUGCAUGGAGAGAGGAUGCCGUCAUCCAAACUUUGGAGUCAAUGCACAAUGACAGUGACCCAAAGAUCAGAAGAAGAAUUCACAACAUUCUCACCCACUACAAGCAUACUGGUAAAUGGAACAUUAUGUAA